AUGACUCCCCAAGAUCCUAAUUCAUCCAAAAAUUCCUAUAGAUCUGCUAUUUCAAACCCACAACCUCAGAAAACAGGACAUCGUCGAGAAUCGAUUACGGCGACAAUCACAUCACAUAAUGGAACACCUGCUACCAUCUUUGAUACUGAUGAAUAUUACGGAAUGAUGGCAGAGGAAUGCAAAUUCGUAAUUGUUGGAAAAUUUAUGAAGAUUCGACCCCAAAUUGAAGUUGUACGGACUACAAUCAAGGAAUUAUUUACUCUAAAAGGUACAGUGCAAGUUGGGGUAUUCGACAAUCGACAUGUGUUUAUUGAGGUUUUUAAUGAUGAGGACUUCAACACGGUUUAUUUUAGACAUGCAAUUGAAGUUGAAGAGCAAACGAUGUGGCUUAGUAGAUGGUCACCGGAAUUCACUCCUGAUGAAGACAGCCCCCUUACUCCGGUAUGGGUUCUUCUUCCUAAACUUCCAUUUCAUCUACACACAUGGCAUUACCUCAAACAAAUAUUAAGCAUUGUUGGUACACCUAUGGCUAUGCACCUUGCUACGAAAGGAAGAACCAGACCUAGCAUGGCUAAGGUUAGGGUAGAAAUUGAUCUUUCAAAAUCUAGAAUUAAUCAUAUAUGGAUUGGAUCAAAGAACUCUAAUAACCCUAUGGUGGGUUUUGAGCAGAAGAUCGAAUACGAAGGAGUCCCUAAGUAUUGCAAUCAUUGUAGACUACAAGGACAUUCUAUUAGCCAGUGUAGAAGAAUUGAAAGAGAAAUUGCAGAUAAGAAAAGGCAAGAGGAGAUCAAUCAAAAUAGCAACAAAGGGGACCACGAGAAAAAGAAAGAUAAGAUUGUACCUUCUAACAAUAAUAAACAAAUCCCAAAUGAGAAAGAGACAGUGGAAAAUGGGGGAAAUUCUCAAAUGGCUACAGAGGAAAAACAACAACCCCACAAAAGAGAUUUUGGAAAAAGUCAAACAACCCAAGUGCAGAAUGAGCAAGAGAUAAGGGGAAGGACUUUGUCUACUGAAAAGAACAAUAGUAACAUCGCUAAAAGAGGUAGGAGUGAACCACCCAAAAAAGUCUACUUGCCAACAGGAGCUAUAUUUGGAGUGGAUACGCCUCCUCCUACUAAUGAGAUGGUGAUCAAUAAAAAUAAGAGCCUACAAGAUAAGGAUCUUGAAUUGAGGAAAGAUGAGGUGAGAGCUACUGAAGUGGACAAGCCCCUUCCCGUUAAUGAACCUGCCAAGAAAAGUAGUGUGGAAAAACAGAAUGUGCCUAUUAUUGAGAAAAUGAACUUGGCUAUUACAUGUGUUCCUACUCCUAAAAGCUCAAUUCCUAGUGAGAAGGUUCCCGAGACAUCAAAACUGGAUCAAUCCCAACAAAUUAUUCUGAGUACUGCUCAAAGGGAGACUAUUAUUAUUGAUGAUCCAAAGGCCCUUCAGGUAGUAUUAUUUGAAGAUAAGAAUGAAAAACAAAAACAUGAGCAACAAUGGAUGAUUGAAAAUCCCAAAAAAGUCAGAUCUCCCAAGAAACUGAAUAGCACUUCUCACGCACCACCAAUUCAUAACAGAUUUGCAGAAUUGCUUGAAAACAAAGAAAUAGAAAAAUCUGAAAAUGUCAAUAAAGCAAGUCCUACAAAGAAGACUCAAAGUGGAAAUGAUGAUCCUGAUGAAUGGGCAGAAAGUUCCUCUACUGAAGAAGAAGAAAACUCUACAGGAGACUCAUCCGAUGACGGAGCAGAAAUUUUAACCCAAUCUGUGGUUGGAAAAGAAUCAGAGGUGCAAACUGAUAAGAUGUCCGAGGGUGAUAAAGGUAAUGUUUCUCAGAAGAAGGGUAAUAUGAUCACCCGGAACCAAAAUAAAAUUUUACACAAAAAAUCCAAUACCUCCAAUAAUGUUUAA